AUGGACACUGCUCAGGGCUUAAAGAUUCAACACUUGGAAUAUUCAUUUGGGCAAAAUUAUGAUACGAGUUCGCUAUACAUGCCGCAGAGCGAGGUUUCAUCACGGACCACGCCACAGUAUGACCAAGCGGAUUCGUCAUCACGUACCUGUCGCUCCGAAAGCGGGAGCGUUGAUGAUUCUCCCAUGUCCGUGUCGCCGAUGCUGAACGGACUGCAUCCUAGUUUCCAGAGCCCAUCGUCAACAGGAAGUUUUCCUAGCCCCAAACAUCAUCAGUUAAGCCCGUCCUCGGCCGCAACGGCGUUAUAUUAUUCUUCCCCUAAUCUGGAUGUCGACCGAGACACCCCUUCUCCACGACCAUCAUCUGAAGACCGAGGAUCCAAGUCAUUCGGCCGUGACUACCCCGUCUGUUGCCUUUAUCCAGGCUGUAACGCCAAACCCUUCAAACGCAGAGCAGACCUGGACCGCCACUACAAGCACCGCCAUGCCUCAGAGUCACAAAAGGUCUCGUUCAACUGCGACUACCCACGGUGCUCUCGCCGUCGCGAUCCAUUCCAUCGAUUAGACCACUUCCGUGACCAUCUUCGUGAAUUCCACAAGGAAGACAUUGAGAAGCGCGGCGGGUCCAUCAACGAGGAAUGGCUGGAAGACCGACGAGUCUCCUCAACCUGGUGGCGAUGCUCAAAGUGCCUAAAGAGAAUCUACAUUAAUCAAGACGGCUACGAGUGCCCCUACUGCAAGACUACGUGUCAACCGAAGCGUAAGGAGGCUCGUCGCAGAAGCUAA